AUGGCCAAGGAAUAUCAAUUUAACUGGAAGCCAAAUAUUCCUCCUGCUUUGAUAGAUGGAACUUUUUUUGAUCGUUAUGAUGAUGAGAGUACAUGCCUUGAUCUGAACGCUCAUGUCUGCAUUGAUGAUUACGGGUUUUUUCUAUAUUGGUCUUGCGAAGGUAAAGAUGCGGUGGUUAUUGACCUUGUUCAGUUAUGGGAAGCGCGUGUAGCUGGUCUUCCAAAAGAUGGGAGAAUUCUUUUCGAGUUAGAGCAGCGAGGUCCGAGAGAGACAUUAGAGGAACGCACAGUUUGGAUAACUUAUGGUCUCGAUCUUGUGGCUGUCAACAGUUUUUAUAUAGUUGCGCAGGAUAUCGAAAUUGCUAAGCUAUGGCGUAAUGGCAUUAAUGAAAUAUUGAAGAAUUGUAAAAUGAAGCAUAUCUCCUACAUGACAAGCCUUAUGAAAAAUUGGCGUUAUUUAUGUUUAUCAUUGAAUGAUCGAAGGAAAAUCGCGAUAAAGAAUAUUGUGAAAAUGUUCAUCAGUGGAAAAACGGAAAAAAUGGUACAAAAAUGCCUAAGUGACCUCGGAUUAUCUGGCGAUAAGGUUGGAGAAAUUCACAUUCAGUUCAAAAAUUCAACCAAGUGUUUUCAGGAACGUGAAGAGCUUGAUGUCGAAUUGUUCACAUUUGAAAAAUAUUUACGUCUAUAUUAUAAAAUUUGUCCAAGAACUGAUGUUCAAGAACUUUUCGUUAGACUAAGUGGACAAAAGGAAUAUCUUACAAUGGAACGCUUAAUAAAUUUUCUUAAUGAAGAACAACGAGACCCACGGCUUAACGAAAUUCUCUUUCCAUUUUUUGAUCAAAAACGAACUCAACAGCUUAUCAAUAAAUAUGAAACUGAUGAAAACUAUGUUAAUAAUGGCAAAAUGUCUGGCGAUGCAUUUCUACGUUUUCUCAUGUCAAAUGAGAAUGCUCCUGUAUUUUUGGAUAGGAUCGAACUUUAUCAAGAUAUGGAUCAACCUCUUUGCCAUUAUUAUAUAAAUAGUUCGCACAAUACGUAUUUAACAGGAAGGCAAUAUGGUGGGAAGAGUUCAACCGAAAUUUAUCGACAAGUUCUGUUGUCAGGAUGCAGGUGUAUUGAACUCGAUUGUUGGGAUGGUACGGGAGAUAAUAAGGGAGAACCAAUUAUUACCCAUGGUAAAGCAAUGUGUACCGAUGUCUUUUUUAAAGAUGUGUUGUAUCAAAUAAAAGACACUGCUUUUGCUCGAUCCGAAUUUCCUGUUAUCCUAUCAUUUGAAAAUCAUUGUUCGCGUCCGAAUCAGCAUAAAAUGGCAAAAUAUUGUAUGGAAAUUUUUGGAGAUAUGCUUUUGUCAAAACCGUUCGACGAUUAUCCACUUGAACCGAAUAUCCCACUGCCGUCGCCAAAUCGUCUCAGGAAAAAAAUACUUAUAAAAAAUAAAAGGUUAAAAUCGGAUAUCGAAAAAUUGCAAAUGGACCAGUUCCUUCGGGAAGGAAAGCUUGAUGAAGAAGAUGAGGCCAUUGAAUCGCCUGAGGCAGUAGUUGGUGAAGACAUUGACGCACCGCGUGAAGAUAUACAAAUAAAAGAAAUCGAUGAAGCUCAUCCAGAAUUUAAAUCAAACUUCAUUUCGAAACUCAAACCUCUUAGUUUCACGAAAAAACCACAGGUUUUUCUUAAUAUUUUCCAAAUUUUAAUAUUUUAA